AGCAGUCUAGAACAAAAAUCUAUCGAGGGACGAUUUGUUUUAGUUUUAUCAGAUCAUGGUUUAGAGGUUAUUGGUUGGAGGUAGUUCGGUGAUUUACGGUAUGGGCUUAGCUUGCGGGUGUCGGGAGGUGAACGUUGCAUUCAGGUACACCAAGCGAAAUUGCUGCCGUUGGAGUCUAGGCAUGGUUUCCACGUUGCAUCUCAUGGUUUCGGGACGUGAUUGGUCGCCCUUUUACGAUGUAGGGUUGACGGUAGGGCGGAUUGUCGGCAGUGGGAGUUCGGUGGUGCUUGGACUUGCCGAGGGGACCAGUGACGUUGAUGAAGGGGGAGGCUGUGAAGGGAUAAGGAAUAUAGGAGAUGAUUAUUGUGGUUAAGCGUGACUCCUGACUCUGCAAUAUGUUGUCAGAAUUUGGUAAAAAACCAUUCAAGAAUGCUAUUCGCAUCUGUUUGGUGGUCAACCCUGCUCAGAUCUGAUUGGCUGGCUAUCAAUUAACGCGAACUUGACCUCCCAAACAUAAUGCAUCAUAAUAGACUCUAACUGUCAGACCUUAUCAUUCUUACAACUAUCAUACAAGUCAGAUCCAGCCAAUUGAAUUUUAUAUGCAGUUGCGUCUUAACACAUCAAUCUCACCAAUGAUCUCGCCUUACAAAUCAACGAUUAGAAAUCACAAUGACACCAUCUCCAACGUCAACAACAUCAUCCGAACAUAUAAAACCCUCAAAAAUAACCCAAAGGUUGACCUGAAACAAUAUAAAAAAAGUCUUAAUCUUAGCUCAAGACUAACUCAACAUGGCCCCAAUCCGCACAGCCAUCAUCGGCCUCUCAUCCUCCGCCAAAACCUCAUGGGCCUCAAACACCCAUCUCCAGUACCUGAACUCCCCCCUGGGCCGAUCGAAAUACCAAAUCGUCGCCCUCCAAAACUCUUCCCUCCAAGCUGCCAAGAACGCCAUAGCGCAUUACAACCUCCGACCCGAGACUAAAGCCUAUGGCACUCCAGAAGACUUGGCCGCUGAUAAAGAUGUUGAGUUAGUCGUUGUAGCUACGCGUGUUGAUGUUCACCAUUCAAGUGCUCUUCCGAGUGUAAAAGCUGGUAAGGAUUUAUACGUGGAGUGGCCGCUUGCGCAGGAUGUCACGCAUGCGAGGGAACUUGUUGAUGCUGCGAAGGAGAAGGGGGUCAAGACGAUUGUUGGGCUGCAGGGACGGUAUGCGCCGCCGAUCAAGAAGUUGAGAGAGAUUGUCAAAGAGGGGAGGAUUGGGAAGAUUGUUAGUGCAGAGCUGUAUGCAUCUGGAGGAACGAAUGAUAGGGAGAUACUGCCGUCUAGUCUGGAAUAUUUUGCUCAACGGGAAGUUGGGGGUAAUAUCUUUACCAUUGGUCUCGGACACAUCUUUGAUCAGUUCCAGUACAUCAUCGGCGACAUCACAAACUUCAAAAGCACUCUCCACAACCAACGUCCUAAUAUCCGCAUCCGCGAUCCCAAAACCAACGAAAUAACACACACAACAACCUCCGACGUCCCAGACCUCAUUCUCGCAACAGGUCGUCUCUCCGAAUCCCCCACCGCCCAAAAGGACGCCGCCGUCCUCGUCCGCUUCCGCCGCGGUCAGCCCUUCCCCGGCUCUCCUCACCUAAGCAUAGCCAUCGCCGGUGAAAAGGGCGAGAUAAGAGUACAAGUCUUUACCGGGACUACACUCCACGGUGCUUCUGCUUAUGAGAAGCCGGUUGUUAUUGAGGUGCAUGAUUUUGAGAGGGAUGUUGUGGAGGAGGUUGAGUGGAAGUGGGAGGAGUGGCAGCAGGAUAUUCCGCUGCUGGCGAGGGGUGUGGCGGCUGUUUAUGAGACGUUUGCGAAGGGUGAGGAGGAUGGGCUUGUUAGUUUCGAGGAGGCGUUGAGGAGGCAUCAGCAGCUUGAGGGGUUGCUUGGGCAGUGGGAUGAGGACAGGGGCGUUUGAGUUCCGAAGCAUGUGUUUAUAUUGGACAGCAAGGUUCGCAAUAGUCUGUGGCUGGCUAUAUCGAAGCCUCCAGGGCUGUUUGUGUUGAAAUUCUUAAAUACUGAACGUCACCACUAGCACCCUUGUGAUCUUGACCGUGUAUUUCUCAAGAUAUGAUCCGAUGACAGUAUCAGCUAUCCUAAGGUCAUCACAAGCUUAUUAAACGAUAUAAACCUUUCCUAAUUUUACGUCACUAUCAUAUACAUUAUGUAAAAGCUCUUAAUGAACUUGUG